CGUGAGCGCGCAGGGGGGCGGCGGCCUCGCCUCGUCUCCCUUUCUGCGCCUGGGUCGGCUGAGUGACGCCAAGCGCAACAGAGAUGUCGGAUUUCGACAGUAACCCGUUUGCCGACCCGGAUCUCAACAACCCUUUCAAGGACCCAUCAGUUACACAAGUGACAAGAACUGCCCCACCAGGACUCGAUGAAUAUAACCCAUUCUCAGAUUCUAGAACACCUCCACCAGGCAAUGUGAAAAUGCCUAAUGUACCCAGUACCCAACCAGCAAUAAUGAAGCCAACAGAGGAACAUCCAGCUUAUACACAGAUUGCAAAGGAACAUGCCUUGGCCCAAGCUGAACUUCUCAAGCGCCAGGAGGAACUAGAAAGAAAAGCAGCAGAACUAGAUCGUCGAGAACGAGAAAUGCAAAACCUCAGUCAACAUGGCAGAAAAAAUAAUUGGCCGCCUCUUCCUGGCAGUUUUCCUGUGGGACCUUGUUUCUAUCAGGAUUUUUCUGUAGACAUUCCUGUAGAAUUCCAAAAGACAGUAAAGAUUAUGUACUACUUGUGGAUGUUCCACGCUGUAACACUGUUUCUAAAUAUCUUCGGAUGCUUGGCUUGGUUUUGUGUUGAUCCUACACGAGGGGUUGAUUUUGGAUUGAGUAUCCUGUGGUUCUUGCUUUUUACUCCUUGUUCAUUUGUCUGUUGGUACAGACCACUUUACGGAGCUUUCAGGAGUGACAGUUCAUUCAGAUUUUUUGUAUUCUUCUUCGUCUAUAUUUGUCAGUUUGCUGUACAUGUACUACAGGCUGCAGGAUUUCACAACUGGGGCAACUGUGGUUGGAUUUCAUCCCUUACUGGCCUCAACAAAAGUAUUCCUGUUGGAAUCAUGAUGAUAAUCAUAGCAGCACUUUUCACAGCAUCAGCAGUCAUCUCACUAGUUAUGUUUAAAAAGGUACAUGGACUAUAUCGCACAACAGGUGCUAGUUUUGAGAAGGCCCAACAAGAGUUUGCAACAGGUGUGAUGUCCAACAAAACCGUCCAGACUGCAGCUGCAAAUGCAGCUUCAACUGCAGCAACUAGUGCAGCUCAGAAUGCUUUCAAGGGUAACCAAAUUUAGAGAAUCUUCAAACAAUACACUGUUACCUUUUGACUGUACUUUUUUCUCCAGUUACUGUAUUCUAUAAAUAUUUUUAUGUUCAAAACACGCAGUAAACAUAGCAUGUAUGUUUCCAAUUCACUUAUGCAUGGGCAAAAACAGAAAAACUUCCUUGUCUUAUUAUUUACCUAACAGUUUCUUAAUAUUUUAGUGCCCCCUGCAGAAAAAAAAUAUUACAUGCUAAAUAAAUAUUCUCCAUAUUUUUGGGGGAUGAAUGUUCAAAUUAUUUCAGUGGUGAGACUGAAAUUAAUAUGGUACUUAUGAUUAAAAAUGCAUUUAGUACUAGUUACAGUCAUUCUUUGAAGAAUCUUAGAUUUAAAGAUUAUACAUUGGAACAGUAAAGUGAUGCUUCAUUCCUUUUUCCUUAUUUAUAUUGACAUAAAUAGGCCAUCAGAGACUUAUGGACGUUUAAAUUGGCUUGCUUUUUAGCAGUUUCAGUCACCAGUGAAGAGCCUAUGUGCAUUUCGUAGUAGAUAAUGUAAAUUUUAUCUUUUUACCUUCUUUUUUUAGAGUAGUUGAUAGUUUGAUAUCAAUCUCUGAUCUUGCAUGGGCACCAUAUUUCUGAAAUUAAAAAAAAAUUAGUAUUUUGGGUUCUGCACUGCCUAUGGUUAUAAGUUUGGGGAGUUGUUUAUAGAAUCAUAGAGGAUUUUCUGUAAUCGUUUCUUUUAAAUAAAAAUUUAUCGGAUGCAGUACAAGAAUAUAAUUUGCAGUGCAUUAUCCAAAAGAAAAGGUAGAUAAUUGAUGGAAUAGAAAGUAGUGAUAAUACCUUUUUAAAAUUUUUUUCAGUAUUCAUAUCAUAGUAAAAUAUUACCGUAUGGAAUCUUUGGUAUAUUCUCGUGGCUACUCUUUUUAAUUGAACUGAGAUUGUGUUUGGCAGCUCUUUUGGGGGGUGGUGUAUGUAUAAUUUUUAACAGAGGUAUUAAAGUCUGGCCUAACUCCUUGUCCAAAAAGAACAUACAGUAUUUAAGGGAUUUUUCUUUUAGCCGCUCAUCUCUAAUGGCAUUAAAAAUAAAAAGAUCCUGGCAUUUUACAAAUACUUGAAUCCCUAAUGCACCUCAGUCUUUCAAUUUUAGAGACAGACUGAAUCCAUUAAAAUUUUUCAGCAAUAGAAAAAAUAAAAGAUUUAACUUGCACCAAGUAAGAAAAUAUACAGUUGAAUGCAUUAAUUAUGAAUAUAAUAACAUUAAAAUUGUUACUGUGCAGCACAGGAGUUCAUUCUUAUAGUGUUUUUGGGUUGAAAGUUUGAAUCAUUUUUAAUAUUGAUUAAAUGACUAAAAGACAUUUGUAAGGUGAUGAUACUGUGUUUUGGAAGUCAUAAGCUAUUUUAAGAUUACAGAAUCAUAGGUAGUGAUUUAUUCAACUUGAUUUUAAGUAAGGAUAGUCAAUUGGAUUAUAUUAUUUGAGACUGCAAAUCCUUUAAAAAAAAAAUCAGAUGGGCACCAAUGGUUAAAUCACUUUCAUUUUUCUCUCUAAAUCUGGAGUUGAAAUGAGUUUCAUUCUGGGGGUGGGAUGGUGAAUUAUCACUAUUUAUGAAAGAAGCUUUGCACGAUAGUGAUACUUGGUAAUGCUAAUCUAUUCAGACGGUGUUUACAUUUGAUUUAUUUGGGACUUCAAUAUUGAAGUAUAUACUUGUAUUUCUUUUAUUUUGAUGAAAAUAGGAUUUAGAAUAUGAGUUUAAAGCUCUUUAUGAAUAUUUCUGACUAGUGAUAAUCUCCACCUACUUUCUCAAUCAAAUAAGCCAGUUCAAGUUUUUCAGAAUCUAUCUUACUGAAAAUCUGUUUCAUCAGUUUGCUGUAUUGAGUGUAGAUUUAAAAAACAUUCAAAACAUUAACCACAAAAUAAAUAUAAGAACACUUAUGUCCAUCAUUAAUUUAUAUCUCAAGUCCAUUUUUGUAUUUCUUGAAAGUACAAAUGAAAGAUAUAGCAUAGAGACUUUAAAAAAAAUUCUGAGGUUCUUUCAAGAAUUUCUGUAUUCCGUAGAAAUCCCGAAAGGUAGCACUGUUAAAUAGCGAAGAAUAAUUACAACCAACAGUACCUUUUUUUUUAUGUGGCUGGGGAAAAUGUUAUAAAAUCCAAUUAUUUGGGUUAAUACAAGCUUGUGAGAGAAAAUUGUUUUUUAAAAACAAAUGUGCAUUAAAAUGAUGGCAAUGCUUCUGGUUUAAUAAGAUAUAGGGGUUUUAAAUUCCUAUAUUUUUAUUCUUUUAAUAAUUAGUAAAAUGUCAUGUUUUCAUUCAGCAAAAGAUUGGCAUUUGUUCGUGUUUUAUAUUUAAUAUUAACAUUACCCAGAAUCAGAAUCAUGAAAUGGUCUCGACAUUGUAAGCAUCCAUGUCAUUUUUCAGUUUGCAAUAUUAAGUUGUGGCUGUUUUAUUUCAGACUGAUGUUCGAACACUGGAAAAUCAUUGCUCAGUGAUUUGUAAUUUGGGACUUGGAUUAUUUAUCUAGGGAUGUUUGUAUAUUUUGUCAAUGAGUAAUACUGCGCUGUCAUCAUGGUGACUGUCAUAGUUCUAUAUAAGUGCUCUCCAUCUGUCUCUCUAAUGUUGCAUGUUUUCAGUGGUUUGGAAGUUUUGUAUAUUUAUUGUAUUAACACAGAGUGUCAUAAAAUAAAAUACUGUUUACUGGAUGUUUGUUUGUAUAAUUUUAAACACUAUAUUAGCACUUCAGAGGCAGAAAUUAUCCUGAGAGUUUAAUGUAUAUAAAAUUUCACAUUUGAUUUAAAAAAGAAAAUCUGUAUAAUUCCAUCAUGUGCUAAACAAAAUAUAUAAAAGACUUAGUUAAAAACUCUCAGCAACAUUAAAUGACAAUUUUUCUGUUGCAUUAGACCUUUGUAGGUAGUGGAACAUGAGCUUCACUCAUAUUAAAUAUUUUGACCACUUUAAGGUCAAAAUACACAGACUGUCUAGAAGUUAGAUUCAAAAUGGAAAAUGUGUUUUGCAGCUCAGAUUUUUUCCUAGUAGUUUAAAAUGGAUGCCUCUUUACUAGUAUUGUAUUGAUUCGAUUGAACUUGUGUUCUGUUCCCUAACAUCGCUACUUAAUGCUGUUUUAUGUAUUGAUGAAAGUACCUGGCUGUGUAUUGUUGGAUUUUUCACUUGGUUAUUUAAAGAGGAUGUAAAACUAUAAUCUAAAAUAAUGGUCAUGGUGAAUCUUAUUUUGAAAAAUACAUAAAAAUGAGUUUGGAUUGUCAUUGGAUGUAACUCCUAUAAAUCGUGUUGAGAUAAUGUAUGGUUUGCAUAUUAGAGGGAAUUUAUGUUAAAUUUAUUAGUUGUUGCUGUAAAUCAUUUGUAGUAGCAUAAUAACUUUUACAAUUAUUGCGAUAUCGUUUUCUGAAAACACCGACAUUAGCAUUUAAUUUUAUCCAUAUUGGUAAAAUCUGCGUUUAGACUGUUCAUGUUCAGAACUUGUUACAUUUUUGUGAAUAUUUUCCUUUUAGAAUUACCAUGACUGUUUAAAUACCAUUUCACUGUAUCUCCUUCCAUUUUUUCUUUAAGGAAAUGUUUAGAGGAAUUUAUUGAUUCCAUGUGAUUAAGACCUUUAAAGGUGAAAUAAAAGUGGUUAAUGUAGAAAUAAUUGAAGAUGGUUAAAAAUAAAAUACCUAUUUCAUA